AUGAAGUCCUUUCUUGGGAUUGAGCUGUGCAAAUCCAACGAAGGGUUAUUCAUCUCUCAAAGGAAGUAUGCAUUGGAUCUCUUGAAGGAUGCUGGUGCGUAUGGAGGAAGAACAUCCAAGAUGCCCAUGGAGGAUGGGUACAAGGUUCCACGUGACGGGGAGAUUGAAGACAACAAGCUGUUCUAUGAUCCAAAGAUGUAUAGGAAGCUUGUGGGGAAGCUAAUAUUCUUGACUAUCACCAGGCCAGACAUAUGCUUUGCUGCUAACCAAGUGAUAGAGCAGACAGAUGGUCUACAACAUGCUACUGCACUUUCAUUGGAGGAAACAUGCUAUGCUAAAGCUACAAACGAGUUGGUAUGGAUCAAAGGGAUUCUUAGGCACUUGGAGAUUGAGCAAGCAACACCAAUGACUAUGCAUUGUGACAAUCAGGCGGCUAUUCACAUUGCGACAAACUCAGUGUUUUAUGAGAGGACAAAGCAAAUUGAAGUAGACUGCCACAAGGUGAGGCAGAUGAUAGUUUUGGUAGUGAUCUUGCCAUGUUAUACAAGAAGUGAAGAUCAAUUGGCAGAUGUGUUCACCAAGGCAGCAAGAUAA